AUGGCCACCUUCAACACACUCCAACCCCAACGCCUUCUCUCAUUUUCCCUCUCUUCUUUUUCUUCCUCUUCCUCCUUUCCUCUUAGAAACCCCUUCCAACUCACAUCACGUGUUUCUUCACAUCAUCCUCACGAGACCAUCUCUUUCAAACAAAAACGACGCCAACAACAACAACAUCAAACCGGGCCUGGCUACUCUUCGGUCAAAUCUCUAGUUGAAACACCAACCAGAAACUCAGUGAAACCUGACCCUGACACCAGGUUCAAUAGGAGAACACGUGAUUACAGAGACAGAACCGCUUCUUCUUCCUCUACCUUGAGUGAUAGUAGUAGUGGCACACAAGCGGUUACUGAGAGAUGGCAGAAGAAGGAGAAGGAGAAUCUGGUGAACAUGACGGCGGAGGAGCAGGACAAGAAGAAUAAGAAGAAGAGGAAGAAGAAAGAUCAAGAUUCGCCAGAGUUGAAGUUGCGGGUUGCUCUUGAUAUGUGCUCCAAAAGAGGGGAUGUGAUGGGAGCAUUGUCCUUAUAUGACUCAGCUCUUGCUAAAGGGGUCAAGUUGGGCCAGCACCAUUACACCGUUCUCUUGUAUCUUUGUUCUUCUGCUGCUGUUGGUGUUGUUCGACCCGCUAAAAGUGGAACCGGUUCUCGAACUUUGAAUGCAUUGCUUUCAUCAGCCACUGAUGAGGCCAAUGAUUCAGCAGAGUUGAAUUAUGCUUCAGACAGUGAAGUCUUGGUGUCAGCUUUCAAUUCUGCUGAGAAAUCAGGAAACCCUUUUGCAAAUGAGGAUUCUUCGUUUGUAAAAGAUGGUUCUAGCUCUAGCAGACAAGAAGAUCACGGAAUUAUGGUUAGUGAGGAUGUCAAGAAAUAUGCACUACAGAGAGGGUUCGAAAUAUAUGAUAGUAUGUGUUUGGAUAAGGUCCAAGUGAAUGAAGCUGCAUUGACAUCUGUGGCUAGAAUGGCCAUGUCCAUGGGAGAUGGUGAUAGGGCUUUUGAGAUGGUGAAGCAGAUGAAGAUCAUGGGGAUAAAUCCUCGGUUACGGUCUUAUGGUCCUGCUCUAUCUACCUAUUGUAGUAAUGGAGAAAUAGAUAAAGCAUUUGAUGUUGAAAAGCACAUGCUUGACGAUGGCGUCUACCCUGAAGAGCCUGAAUUGGAGGCACUCUUAAGGGUAAGCGUACAAGCCGGCAAGGGUGACAAGGUAUACUAUGUGUUGCAUAAACUAAGGAGUAGUGUAAGGAAAGUCUCACCUUCUACUGCAUCUUUGAUUGUUGAUUGGUUUAAGGGUAGCCAGGCUUCUAGAUUAGGGAAAAGAAAAUGGGAUAUAAGAUCAAUAAAGGAAGCAAUGGAAAAUAGUGGUGGAGGUUGGCAUGGACAAGGUUGGUUGGGAAAGGGAAAAUGGGAAGUUUCUCAUACAACAAUUGGAGAUGAUGGAAUGUGUAAAUGCUGUGGAGUGCACUUAGCCACUAUUGAUCUUGAUCCUAUUGAAACUGAGAAUUUUGCUAAGUCAGUGGCAUCCAUUGCUGUGAUGAGGGAGAAAAAGUUGAACUUUCAGAAAUUUCAAGCCUGGCUUGACAACCAUGGACCUUUUGAAGCAGUAGUAGAUGCUGCAAAUGUAGGUCUAUUCCGUCAAAGGAAAUUCAAGCCAUCCAUGGUCAAUGCUGUUGUUAAUGGAAUACGGCAAAAGCUCCCUUCAAGAAAAUUUCCCCUUGUUAUUUUGCAUCAUCGUCGAAUCAAAGGAGAGAAAAUGGGUGAACCAAUCAACAGGGCGCUAAUUGAUAGGUGGAAUAAUGCUGAUGCACUCUAUGCAACACCUACAGGAUCAAAUGAUGACUGGUAUUGGUUGUAUGCAGCUAUAAAAUUUAAAUGCUUACUUGUUACAAACGAUGAGAUGAGAGAUCAUCUAUUUCAGCUUCUGGGAAAUGAUUUCUUCCCCAAGUGGAAAGAGAGGCAUCAGGUACGGUUCAGUUUCACUGAUUCUGGUCCGCAGUUUCACAUGCCGCCUCCUUGUUCUGUUGUAAUUCAGGAAUCAGAGCAAGGCCACUGGCAUGUUCCAAUUGAGACAGAAGUUAACUAUGAAUCAGAGAGAAGAUGGUUGUGCAUUACCCGCUCGACCUCAGGCAUGGUUUGUGAAGAUUCUUCAACGGCUACUGGAAAUAACUGAAGGCUUAAUCACUGAGGAUUGUAUCUCGUACAUAUUGUUUCCAUUGUUCCUUUUAGAACUCUACAGUUUACAAUGUCAUUGGCUAUUGUUGUUUCAAUGAAAUUACUGAUAUCAGUUUACUCAUUACUUAGUUUAAUAACUCUGCAUAUCACUUCAAUGGUGAAUAACAUGAUAUUCUGAUCCUUUAAAUUAGACUCUAAUCAGGGGAAUUUGCAAGAUCAGCUCUUACAACUACAACCGCUUCUACCAAGGAGUUACAAUGCAACAGCAGAAUAUUGGCAAGCGCAAAGAGCUUAAGGAAUCACCUCGAGAAAUGUACAAAAAUUUAUAUUUUUUAAGCAUUGUUGUCCUAAUAUACAAACUCGGAUAUUACCUAAAAUUGCGGCUGUAGGAUAGAUUGCUGGUUGUACCAUUGAUUUUCAUAUAUGAAGUUCAAUUGUCAUUUUUCAAGUAUACUGAACUAUGAAUUAGAAAAUUAACUGGGUAUG